AUGAAUCGAAUAUCGAAACUCGAUUUUACGGGUUUAAAGAAUCUUUUAUCGUCAUCUUUGAGAUCUUUCUUAAUACAUCCAUCAUCUGAUCUAAAACGUGAAGAUGAAACAAAUGACUCAGAGUUUUAUUCCACACCACGCUUCGUCCAUCAUAUAGACGAUCGAGCUCGAGCCGUUCUCUCUCAGUUCUACACUUAUGCAAUCAAACAAUCACCUGAAACGUUCACAUUGGAUUUAUGUUCAUCGUGGACUUCGCAUCUACCGGAAAAUUUCGUUGGUAAAUUUCAUCGAAGUCCGUUCAUUGUAAUUUGA